AUGGCAACAGAGGUGGAGAAAAAGUUGGCCAGACAGCCGUAUUUCGACCUAAAUUCGCUGACUCAAUCGGUUAUUGUCACCUAUAAGGCCGGCGCGAAAUUGGACAAAAUUGUGAGCGUUCGUGCCGCCUACGUGGUGAGUUACGGUAGUUGUUUGGCCCCCCCGCGUGACCAACUUUCCAGGACAUUUGCAACAAACCGAACGUGCGCGGUACGGUAGUGUCGCUGCCGGGCUCGCCCGGCUCUCACAACGACAUCAAAUACAUGCGCGACUCGUUCGAAACGCACAACAUCCGUCUGGUGUGCACCAACUGGCCCGGCUCGGAAUUUGUGACCGGUCACCCGAAAAUUACUGUACUUUGUUCACUCGUCAAGCGUUGAGUUUUUAGGCGGUCUACGCGACAGCUACACAAACGACGAGCGCAACUCGUACAUGAAGGCGUUGAUGGAAAAAUUGGAGCUAAAUCGCGUCGACAAACUGAUUAUAAUGGGACAUUCGCGCUCCGGCGAGACCGCCCUGCAGUUGGCGCAUCUAUUGUCGGUUUGUAAACGAACCGGCCAACGACUUUGAGGAUAUUUGAAGGCGGACAAAAGUUGGCCACUCGUCGGCGCCGCAAUGCUAAACUCGCCGGGAUUCGUGCCGCACAGGGGGAUUAGUGUGCGGUGAGAGACUUGGUGGCGAUGCGCCACGGCGACCAAAAAAGGUAGAAAGGGGCGUGGCCUAGCGUGCACCGUUUAUCACGAUUUUUGGCGCGCGAAAUUCGAAAUUUAACCCCAUUUUUCACAUGUUUUUCGUCAAAAAUUACCCAAAUUUUGGUCGAUUUCGCGACCAUGUAAUUGCAUAACUUUUGUUAAACUAAUCAUCGCGCACUUUUUGAGCUUAAAACGAGCGCAUGUUUCAUUCAGAAAUGAAUCAAUUGAAUCGAUUUUCAAGUUUUGUGCUGAAAAUGCGCGAAUUUCAGUCAUUCGUCGAUACUUUUUGCCGUUUGAACGCUUAAAAUACUUGUAUAAACGUGCUUAAUCACUUCCGACACUCACUUCGUCUCAAAACUAUUCAGAUCUGCCGGUAUGAAAAUUCCGAAUUGCGAAAUAUGCCAAAAACGUCUCAAACGCGGCGUUUUCACGAAAAUUUCAAUGUUUUUUCUCUUUAAUGUCUCUUCUUUCGUCGAUAUCAGACACAAAAAUAUCGGAAAAGUGCUGAAAUUGCGGCAAUUUUCAAAAAACGCGUCUCAGAUUAGGCCACGCCCCCCUUUCUACACGUUUGAUCGCUUUUAUGCAAGACACGCUUUUGGCUCCUCUUUCAGAAUGACCUUCAUCAACACUCUCGCGUUCCUGAUAAAACUGCGCUGCCGGGCGAUCGAUUGUUUUCUGUUCCCGAUUCUUGAUUGGUGUAAGUCGAUUGCCACUUUCGAUUCAAACGACCAAUAUCUAUUCACAAGUCUACAACGACGUUGUCGGCCUACGCGUGGCCGACGGAAAAGUCUCGGCGGCGGCCGUUCUUCCCAUGCAAACUUUUGCGUUCGCGCAACAAAAAGCGACGAUCGACGAGAUGAGGAGCCGGCCGUGGGUACGUUCUGUUGGGUUUUGAAAGGAAAUGGAAAAAAGAAAAAGAGACGAACAGCUGUUGUAGAUUCGAAUGUUCUACGCGUACGGUUCCAAGGAUUUCCUGGUGGCCGAGUCGGAUUCCGAGGAGUUGGCCAUGUAUUUCAAAGGAGAUCAUUAUGUAAGCGCGCCACGGUCUCCAGAGCUGACAAUAUGGGCGUGGCCUCGGCCAAAUGGCUUUUCAUGAAUUGAGCAGGUUUUCUGUGAUUUUUGUGGUCAACGGCGAUGAAAAAUGCAUGUUCGACAUGAAAACACACUAAUUCUCACAGAAUUAAUGACGUUUUGACGCAUUUUUCGCGGAUUUCGCUUUUUCGCCUUCGCCGCCCAAAAACCGCACUUCUCAUUCUGCGCUUUCUUGACCGUUUUCAGACAGAAUUGGUUUUGAGAAUGAUAAAUCACGUAAAUACAAGCAUUUUGAGCACUCGAACCGCGAAAAUUACCGAAAAACAACUGAAAUUCACGCAGUUUUAGCCAAAAACGUUCAAACGGAUAAAUGUGAUUUGCAACUUGACCAAAUUUAACGCUCUUGCGCUUAAAAAAUUCGUAAUAGCCUAUGCAAUCGGUCUAUCGAGAGACAAAUGAGAAAUUAUCGAUUUUUCGUGGCUAAUCAGGCAAAAAACACAAAUUUUGCUGUUAAAAUUUGAAUUUCGCGCUUAUAAGAGACUCUUGACCAAGUUUUUCGAUAUUAUUCCUUAAUUUCAGAUAAUCAAUGACGCAAAAGAGGCAGAAGAGGCGAUACCAGAGAUCUGGAAGAGUUACGCGUCGGGACACCCCUACGUGACUGCGAAUUUCAAAAAUGAAGGCCACUACCUGCAGAAAACGUGUCCGGAAUUCUUGAUUCAGGUGCUCGCAGGAAUGUUCGAAGUGGAAACUGUCUAA